AGUUGUUGCUGCCGACUUCCGGUUCCUUCCAUCCGCGCCCCAGCCGGGUGACAGCCGUUGGUGGACCGAAGCCUGUCUCGGCCGGUGGGGCGGCAGGUGCAGUCAUGCCCCGGUAUUACGAGGACAAGCCGGAGGGCGGCGCGUGCGCGGGUGUGAAGGAGGACCUGGGCGCAUGUCUGCUGCAGUCGGACUGUGUGCUCAAGGAAGGAAAAUCCCCUCGACAGUGUCUGAAGGAAGGAAACUGCAAAGCUCUGAAAUACUCAUUUUUUGAAUGUAAAAGAUCAAUGUUGGAUACCAGAUCCAGAUUCCGAGGAAGAAAAGGAUAUUGAUGCUAGUGUGCUGAAACCAAAAUGAAAACAUGAAGCUUUCUCUGGUCACUUACAACAGAGAACCCAAACAGGAGACAGACUUUUUGCUACAUCUGGUGGGAUGGACCAGUUUUUCCCUCCAUGAACACUGGAGAAAAUGGAUGAGUUCUGUUUUUGACUGUGUAUAAACUAAAUGAUUCUUUUGCUCUAAGUUACUUCUGGAAGAAAAAUUUAAUUGAACAGCUAUGAGCUGGGAGCAUCCUACUAUAUUUUGAGAAUUGUUAGAAAGCUCAAAAAGUGAAAAGAUUGUUAUUUUCCAACUUGACUCGUCGACAAAAUGACACAAUUUGUACAUCCUUUGUGAAUAUUACGAAGGCCACUGAUGGGACUGUGAAAAUUGGUAACAUGUAGUCUUGGGAGACAGUGUCUACUGGGAAAAUUUAGGAUAAAGCUUUCUUUUACUCAAUCUGUACCGUUUAGUUCUAAAAUAAAUUGUGUUUGAUUCCUUGGAGAAGAAAUGCUUCAUUUACACAGAUUCACUAGAGUAACAACCUCAAAACUUGAGUAUUAACAUCAUGUAAUAGACAUAGCUGGAUGCAUAG